AGCACUAGUUGUUGAGAGAAACAUGGCGUCUCAUAGCAGCCUUUCUACGCUGUCUCCUAUCCAAAGUCAGCUGGACUGCGCCCUGGAUGACGCCUCAACGCAGCAAGAAAAAGAGCAACUGGUCUCUGAAUAUUUGAAAAAGCUAGACGAGAGAGGGGACCUGAAGAUACCAGAUUUCCAGCCAGGCUUAGCGUGGCUGAACACGGAGGCGCCUCUGUCUUUGCACAAGGAGCUGGCUGGCAAAGUGGUGCUGCUGGACUUCUUCACCUACUGCUGCAUCAACUGCAUGCACAUCCUGCCCGACCUGCACCGGCUCGAGGAGGAGCGCUCCGUCCAAGACGGAUUGGUCAUCGUUGGCGUGCACUCUGCCAAAUUCCCCAAUGAAAAGGUCCUGGACAACAUUCGCAGCGCUGUCCUCCGCUACGACAUCUGUCACCCGGUGGUAAACGACAGCGAGGCCAGUCUCUGGCACGAGCUGGAGGUGUCCUGCUGGCCCACGCUGGUCCUGCUCGGGCCCCGCGGCAACCUGCUCUUCUCCCUGGUUGGCGAAGGCCACCGCGACCGGCUGACGCUUUUCACCGACGGCGCGUUGCGUUAUUACGGAGAACGGGGCCUGCUGAAGACGCACACGGUGGGAAUCAAGCUCUACAGAGACUCCUUGCCUCCCAGCGUCCUUUCCUUUCCCGGGAAGGUGGCGGUAGACGACGCCAACAAAAGACUGGCCGUAGCCGACACCGGGCAUCACAGAGUUCUGGUGGCGUCUACCACUGGACACCUGCUACACGUCAUAGGAGGGCCUGGCAGUGGGAGACAAGAUGGCCUCUUGUCUGAAGCCUCCUUUAACUCCCCUCAGGGCGUCGCCAUUAAAGGAGACACUGUAUAUGUGGCCGACACGGAAAACCACCUGAUUCGAAAGGUGGACCUGUUGGAGGGAAGAGUCACCACCAUAGCUGGAGUAGGCACUCAGGGCACAGACAAAGAGGGCGGAGCCAUGGGACCUCAGCAGCCAAUCAGCUCUCCUUGGGAUGUGACGCUUGGCACUGCCGGCGGUGUUGAAGACAACGUACUGUGGAUAGCCAUGGCAGGGACUCACCAGAUCUGGGCUUUGUUCCUGGCAGAUGGAAAACUGCCCAAAGGAAGUGAGUCCAAGGCGGGAACCUGCGUGCGAUGGGCCGGCAGCGGCAACGAGGAGAACCGCAACAACUCGUACCCGCACAAGGCCAGCUUCGCUCAGCCGUCGGGCCUGGCUCUGGCCCCCGAGGAGCCCUGGAGCUGCAUGUACGUGGCCGACAGCGAGAGCAGCUCCAUCCGCACGCUGGCGCUGAAGGACGGAGCCGUCAAGCUGCUGGUUGGAGGGGAGAGAGACCCACUGAACCUCUUUGCUUUCGGGGAUGCAGACGGGAAAGGGGUGGAUGCCAAGCUGCAGCAUCCUCUCGGUGUCGCCUGGGCUCCCGAACAAAGGCUGCUCUAUGUGGCCGACUCGUACAACCACAAGAUCAAGGUGGUAGAUCCAAAGACAAAGCAGUGCAGCACGUUAGCAGGGACAGGAGAGGCCGGAGAUUCCCUGGGCCCCGAAUUCAUCAAGUCCUGCUUCAACGAACCGGGAGGAAUCUGCGUUGGCGAUGGCGGGAAACUUCUUUACGUCGCUGAUACCAACAACCACCAAGUCAAAGUGCUGGACCUGACCUCCAAGACUGUCUCACUGUUCCCCAUCUCCACCACCGACUGCACGGACACGGUCCCUGCUAAGCCUCCAGGUCCCACCAAAGCCCCCACGCUGCCUAAAUCAGCCGCCAGGAAAGAGAUGCCGCCGGUGGCGGUGUCUGCAGGCCAGACCGUCGUCCUGUCGCUCACGGUGUCUCUGCCAGAAGGAGCCAAACUCACCAAGGAGGCACCGAGCUGCUGGGCGCUCUCAGCGGAAGGUAACGAGUGGCUGCUCAACAGCCCCGUGAUCACCGGAGAAAUCGUGGAUCUGUCGCAGCCUCUUCGCGUCUCGGCCGAGAUUCCAGCCGCUACGAAGCCGUCGGACGUCGCCCCGAGCGUCACUCUGGCCGUGUGGGUUUACUACUGCAUGGAAGCAGGUAACGCCUGCAUGAUGAAAGCGGCCGCCUUUUCCCAGCCUCUCCAGAUUAGCGCCGGCCCCGGAGACGCAGAGGAGGUGACCGUGGCGUUGGCUCACGCCUUCUAAAAAAACUCUCCACCAAAACCAAACCAGAUUUCAUUUCAAACCGCAAGACGUUCUGGUCUGAGUGACAGUUAUUGAUGGGAGUGAAAAUCGUUGCUUCCCCCCCGGUGUCUUAUAAAAGUUGCACAACAGCAGCCUAAUAACCCAUGACCACAGAUUUAUUCUCAUCAGGACGGACUCUACCGACUGUAACCAGAAAUAAGUCACGGUGAAGCGCUUUAUAGAUGGAAAAGUUCCACUCCACGUUUUAUAUUAAGAACGCUCACACGACUGAAUCCAAGCAGAAAAUCAAAAGAUUCUGUGGAUACGAUGAGAGAUUUAAUAUCUAAUAUUAUUAUCUAAUAAUUGGCAGGUGGUGGUUAGAGUGUGAGCGAUGGACAGAUGAUGAAUUGAAUUUAAUUAUGUGGCGGAAAA